CAUGAUGAGCUAACCCACCAUGCUCUUCAUCUAGCUGCCUAUCGAUGUAUAUUUGUUGAAAUAUCGCACUGAUUUGACACGUUAAUUAAACGUUUUAUAUUUCGUUUAUUCGUUUUUUUUAUUUUGUAUACAUGUCAAGUGGUUGUCUUUGUUAGUUGCUAGCUCGCUAGCUAGGUUAGAAAAAUAGUUCUCUAGUCAAAAAUCUCUCCCUUGUCUUUUUAUUCUCUCGAAACGUCAAGAUGGUCAAGGUGAAAAUAUUAUUCAUUGGACCAAACGAGUGUGGAAAAACAGCAUUGGCCAAUUUUCUCUCUGACACGACGGAAUCAAUUGGAGCUGAUUAUUACAGCCCAACACAAGGCGUAAGGAUACUUGAGUUUGAAUCACACAGUUUAUCUAAUGGCAACAAAAAUUCAGCAUGUGAAGUGGAACUAUGGGAUUGUGCAGGAGAUUUCAAGUUUGAAUCAUGCUGGCCAGCUUUAAUGAAAGACUCCAAUGGGGUAGUUAUUGUAUUUAACCCAGAUGUGCCCAGUCAUCUAAAGGAAAUCGAGACCUGGCACAAUACAUUCAUCUCCUCACAGGGACUACUGGAGGCCCAGUGUCUGCUCAUUGCACAUCAUAAACCAGGGAGCGGGGCUGACACUACCCAUCCACCAUUAGCCCCACAGUUAAACAAGCUGCCUCUCAUUCACUCAAACCUUGAGGAAGACCCUGAAGAUGUCCGACAGAAGUUCCACAAAUACUUGGGAAAUGUUAUGCGGAUGCUAUCAGAAAAACAGGAGCGUGAAGAGAUGUCAAUUAUUACAUAAAUUUUUUGUAUAUGCCAAGAUAAAUCUAUAUCCCCACAUAA